CGCGCAUGCGUCAACUCGGUGUGUACGGAAGAGCCGGAGCAGCAUGUUGAACUGUAUGAAGUGAGAUGUUUAAACACGUUUUUCUGACAGGACCUCCAGGUGUGGGGAAAACCACCCUGGUCCAGAAAGCCUGUGAGACUUUAGUGUCAUCAGGAGUGGGAGUUGAAGGGUUUUACACAGAGGAGGUCAGGGAGGGAGGCCGGAGAGUCGGCUUUGAUGUAGUCACAGUGACAGGAGAGAGGGGUCACCUGUCCAGAAUCAGAGAUGUUCCCGGUUCAUCUCAUGGCAGACGGGAAUACACAGUUGGGCAGUAUGUGGUUGACUUGCCUUCAUUUGAAAACCUGGCUCUCCCCCUCUUCAGAAACGUAGGAGCAGCAGACGGGGGCAGCAAGAAGGUCUUUGUCAUUGAUGAGAUUGGCAAAAUGGAGCUCUUCAGCCAGUCGUUCAUCCGGUCAGUAAGACAGACUUUAGAUAGCUCUUCUUGCGCCGUCCUGGGCACCAUCCCCAUCCCCAAGGGUAAACCGCUGGGUCUUGUGGAAGAGGUGCGGAGCAGGCAUGAUGUCAAGGUCUUCACGGUUUCUAAGGAAAACAGAAGUGCUAUUCUACAAGACAUUUUAGCAGAACUGCAAAAUUGUCUUAAACAUAAAACCUGACAUGGAGAUUCGGAGCCACUAAAAGGGGAACACCCUGCCGUUUGUGUGUGUUUUUGCUGACAACAACUUUUAUUUGUGUCAAUGCAUAUACAGUACACACAGUCAGACUAUUCAUGCUUCUUAACAGGGAUCUGACCUAACCUGAGGGGCAUGCCUAGUUGCUGGGGCGAGUUAGUGUGUCACAUGCAUGCAUUUAUGUACACAAUUCAUUUUUUACAGCCUCAAAAUGGAUUGCACGCUGAAUAAUUGAUUGUGAGAUGGAACACAGUGGGGGAAUUGUUCACUUAGUGUGUAAAUAUCCUGUGAGCUCAGAGCCAAAGACUGCAAGUCCUCCAAACAGCUCUGUUUUAUUUUUUAUUUAGUUCUCAUAAAGUUUCUCAUUUAUUAGUGUGUAAUAAUCAUUUGUUUAUGAGGACAAGUACUGCUAUUUGUUUUAAAAGGGGCAAACAGAGCAGCGCCCCUGUUAAUUAAUUUAGUUCCUUACUAUCUGAGCCUCCUUUGUCAACCUUAGGGUGUGUUUAUUGAAAAUCAAUCAAUAUUUAACAGUGCAAGUAUGUCCAAUCAUUUCAUGGUUUAUUCAUCCAUUAGCUUAAAUUAAAUAAAAUAAAAAUAAUAAGUUACUCUCUUGUCAACAACCA